CAUUGGACGGGGAACCUUCUCGCGUUGCACCGGAUGCCUUUUCCCAACGGGCGCCUUGGAAUGACCGGUCGACGCUACAGGCAAUUCCCGUUGAUGGAACAGCUGGGAAGAGCCUUCAGCGGGUAAAAAAGGGUGGGGUGUCGUGAAUUAUCGGGAUCAACUGUCAAAUGCCACCACGCCUCUAGAGCUGCCAUGGAAUUCUGGAUUCCUGGAUGGUAGAGUCUGGACGUGAAAAAGGCAUUCAUCGAAUUGUGGCUUUGUUCAAGCUGCGGGAGCCAUGGGUCUUGAAGGGGUGUUGCCGAGAAGAGCGCCAAGGCCACCCACCGGUGAGCUCCGCACCAAUCAUACGGCAGCUGGCAGUGUGGUGCCGAGACAUUGCACGUAUUGCGGCUGCGGGUUUCUCCUUUGGCAGCUGCCACCUCAGUGGCUCAGAGUCUGGACCACUUGGGGAAUCUGCCCACUUUGCUCUCGUACGACCGUCAACCUGGAAAUGGUCAGUUUGGCCCCAAGGGUCCGAUUUGUGCCACCAUCCACUACCGUGGACGGCCAUGUUCCCCAGUGUCGCCCAUGGCCGCCCAUGGCCGCCCAGCAAUGCGCGCCCGAAGAGUGCCGAGCGCGCGGCGAGCUGUUGGGACGAAGCGAGGGCAUUUUCAGUCUUUAAUAGAGCUCGAGGUCCCGUCCCUGAGGCUGGAAGUCGGACCAUCACCAUCACCAGCACCAGCACCAUCAACAUCAACGUCAUUGACAACACCACCCGAACAGACAACCCCAACUGACACUUGCCACUUUCGUCUGUGCUAGCAUUAUCUCAACAGCAGACCACCACACCACCAACAAUGUCUGGACUAACUAUCAACUCGUCGACAUCAUUCGACCCAUAUGCCACCACCUCCUUUGAUGCUGCCCAGCUUCAAUCAUACUCUGACUUCUCACCCAUCUUUGACAACUUUGAGGACUUUGGCACCGACUUCAACUCGGACUCGGCAGCCUCCCCCAUCUCCCCCAUCUCUCCUGUUCUCUCCUCAAGCUCUUUCAGCUACCCCACUGCCGACCAGUGGGUUGACUGGGACAGGAUCGAGCACUCCCCAGAGCCCGAAGCUCUGUUCAAGACCAACCCCUUUGACGGGUCCAUCUUGACUAGCAACGCCACCAGCAACAACGACUACCUCCGCAACCCGUCACUAAGCCCCGCGGUCAACCCCAUGGCCACCGUCAUUGGCACCGAAGGCAUCGACAGCCAAGCGCCCCUCUUCCAAACGGCGCCCAUCAUGGUUGCCCCUCUCCCCUCCCAACAACGCCAGAUGGCUGCUUCCAUGGACGAUGCCUCCAAGAGGUACCCAUCCCGCAACCUUAAGCGCAAGACCUCAAUCCCGUCCGAGGACGACGAGCCCCUCCCCGCGUCCAAGCGGUCCUCCCCCCCACCAGCAGCCGCCCCUCGCCGGUCCUCCAAGGACAACUCCGCCGCCGGACCCAAGAAGACGGCCCACAACAUGAUCGAGAAGCGGUACCGCACCAACCUUAACGACAAGAUUUCGCAGCUCCGCGACGCCGUCCCAGCACUCCGCAUCGUGGCGCAGAGAAUGGAGAACCCCGGCGCCUACGAGGAGAAUGGCGCCGACGACAUGAUGGCGGACGAGAUCCUCGGCGGUCUCUCCCCAGCGGCCAAGCUCAACAAGGCCACCAUCUUGGCCAAAGCCACCGAGUACAUCAUGCAACUGGAGCGGAGAAACCUCGGACUGGAGACGGAGAACAAUGCGCUGAGGGGGAGAAUGGAGGGGUUGGAGAUGCUUUUGAUGAGCAGAGGCGGCCCUCAGCCACAGCAGCUUCCUGUUUGGAACUAGAGCUGUCUGAGAGAAGAGGGGGGGUUGGUUGGUUGGACUGUGAAGAAGGAGUGGUGGCUCAUCAUUGGCUUGUUUGUGGCUGGCUUUCUUGCAUUGCAUUCUCCGGCGUUAUGAGGAUAUUUCUUGGGACAUGAUACCACAUCAUUGUUUUGGGUCUUUGGGAUUUAAGCGGGGAGUUCUGGAGUUUUUUUUCUUGGUUUGGCAACUUCCAGCGAUUUGACUUCCCUGCGCCCAACAUUAUACCCAUUUACUUGUUGUUUGUAUCAUUUUUUGAACAGGUGGGAUCAUCAAAAAAAGGUGUGGAUCUUGGAUACUUUUUUUUUUUCUUUUGUGGUAUAUAUAUUACUUCUUAUUUAUCAGCUCAACGAAGGGCUUGGAUUCAUAGUUUUUGGAAACGGAAGCAGAUCUCAAAAAGAGACUGCGGAUGAUGAAUAAAUUCAAAAUAUUCUCACCUCUCUUA